UAACCUACGUUUUCUCCUUACCCUUUCCCCUUCGGCCUUCAUCUCUCUAUCUCUCUUUCUCACAUCGAAGAGUUUUCGUUUCAGUGUGUUCACUCGGUUCCUUCUUAACUCAAUCUUGUUCGUUGAUCAUCACCGCCAUCAUCAUCCAUGGCUCAAAACUCAACCUCCGAUACUCGUCACCACGCUAACUCUGCACCUCCACUUCAGAUCUCCAAAGAUGUCCAAGGCUCUGAUGUUUCUAUUCCACUUUCUCCGCAAUGGCUUCUGCCAAAGCCAGGGGAGAGUAAAUCUGGAACAGGAAAUGUGGAAAACCGUGUGAUCUCAAACCCAUCACAUGGCAGCCGCCCAGAGACCAUGAAGACAUAUGGUGAUGGAGAGGAUGGACUUGAUGCCCAGAAGAGGAAGGAUGUCUUUAGACCAUCCAUGUUUGACUCAGAAAGUGGACGUCGUGAUCGUUGGCGUGAUGAAGAGAGAGACACUAAGUCCUCCAUUCGUAAGGAUCGUUGGAGGGAUGGGGACAAAGACUUGGGUGAUUCUCGGAAGGUGGACCGAUGGGGUGAAAAUUCAGCUCCAAAGAACUUAGGAGAAGCACGUCGUGUUACAUCUGAUAAUCAUAGAUGGAAUGAUUCGGGAAACCGAGAAGCUAACUUUGAUCAACGGCGUGAGAGCAAGUGGAACUCACGUUGGGGUCCCAAUGAUAAGGAGCCAGAAGGUCGUGAAAAAUGGAGUGACUCUGGAAAAGAUGGUGAUAUACAUCAGGAUAAAGGUUUGUCUCAUGGGAAGGAUGAGAAGGAAGGAGAUCACGUUCGACCAUGGAGACCCAACUUUUCACAAAGCCGUGGAAGGGUAGAGGGAAGGGUAGAGCCUCCUCAUUCCCAAAGUACACCGCCAAACAAACAAGUCUCUACAUUUUCCUAUGGUCGUGGUCGUGGGGAUAAUACACCUCCACUCUUCAGUCUUGGACAGGGCCGUGGUGGCUCUGGUGGUAGCCCUUUAAAUAGCCCGUAUUCUGGAGUUGCACUGGAAAAUGUCGAAAGUGGACAUGAAGAACCUUGCCCCUUCAGAUACAACAGGACAAAAUUGCUUGAUGUGUACAGAGUGACUAAUAUGGGUACAAAUAAAAAACUUGUUGAUGAUUUUGUGCAGGUUCCGAAUCUUACACAGGAUGAACCAUUGGAGCCACUUGCUCUUACGACACCAAAUUCUGAGGAACUGUCUGUCUUAAAUGGUAUUGACAAAGGGGAAAUAAUCAGUAGCAGUGCACCUCAAGUGACAAAAGAAGGAAAGGGCUCAACAGAUUUUACACAUACUAGACGAAUGAAGCCUGGAAUCACUCCUCUCCAAGAUAGAGGAGAAGAUGGGGGUUCUUACAAAGUAUCUGAUGAGUUGUCCAGUAAUAGAGAUUCAUCCUUUGAAGGAAAUAGUUCUCUUCAUCCGGGAUCUGCAUGGCGAGCCACACCAGCAGGUGAACACACAAGUACUUUCUUGCACAAUAGCAGAGAUGUACCUAGUGAUGUUAGACAAAGGAAAUCAGAUGCGAGUACACACCAGCCAAAGGAUCCUCAUAGUCAAUGGGAAAGUAGUUUGGGUUUUGUAUCCGACUCGAAGGAAGUAGGUAAGUGGCAAGCAAGUGAAGAUCCCGUUGUAAAGAGACAGCUAUCUGGUAUUUUGGAAAGUGAACUUGGAGCCAGAAGAGUACCACCAACGGCUCCAGAGGAGUUAUCCCUUUUGUAUAAGGACCCUAAGGGUCAAAUCCAAGGACCAUUUAAAGGAAUUGAUAUUAUUGGAUGGUUUGAGGCUGGAUAUUUUGGUAUUGAUUUACCUGUCCGUCUGGAAAAUUCAGCUGUUGACUCACCAUGGUUUUCUCUUGGUGAUGUCAUGCCACAUUUGCGAGCUAAGGCCCGACCACCACCUGGAUUUCCUGCACCAAAACCGAAUGACUUGGCAGAAAUAACUAACCGCCAAAAUCCUGGUACAUUUGGAAAUACCCUCACUGGCUUGAGUGAGGCUGAGAUGUUGAAAAGUGAUUCUAGACAUCGACAGGGUUCUGAUACUGGAGUUGAAAAUAGGUUUCUGGAGUCACUCAUGUCUGGUAACAAAAGUAGUUCUACACUCAACAACCUGGCAGUAUCCGAAGGUUUUCAAGGGUUUGCUGGCAAUAACUCUGGUAAUCUCGGCCCAUCAGGAGUAGAUAGUGGAAACAUGUAUUUGCUUGCCAAGAGGUUAGCACUUGAACGCCAGAUGUCCCUACCCAAUUCUUAUCCGUAUUGGCCGGGUCAGGACGCAGCAUCCCUUGCUCCAAAAUCAGAUGUCCCUGAUGUGUCACUGCAUUCAAGUCUCUUGUCUUCAGCGAGCGACAAUUCACGUCAACCUCAGUCCCAAAAUUCCGAGUUGUUGUCGAUAAUCCAAGGAUUAUCCUCCGACAGGACAUCUGCAGGCAUAAAUAAUGGUACUGCUGGAUGGCCAAAUAAUCCCGUACAAGGUGGAUUGGAUCUCCUUCAUAAUAAAAUUGACUCCCUUCAUGAUCAGAAUUUCCCUCAAAUGCCGUUUGGAAUUCAACAACAAAGACUGACACCGCAAAAUCAGUUGUCUCUAAGCAAUUUACUAUCUCAAGCUACUGAUAACCCAGCUGGUGCUUUGACAGCAGAGAAGAUACUUUCUUCUGGAAUACCACAAGAUCCACAAAUAAUGAAUCUGCUGCAACAGCAAUAUUUGUUGCAGUUGCAUUCUCAAGCAGCUGCUUCAGCUCCUCAAUUGCCCCUGUUAGAUAAACUCCUGUUACUGAAGCAGCAACAGAAGCAGGAAGAGCAGCAGCUGUUCUUGCGGCAACAACAGCAACAAUUGCUUUCCAAAAUGUUGCAGGAUCAACAGUCGAGCCAGCUUUUUGGCAAUUCAUCUUAUGGACAGUUGCAAAGUGCAUUACCAAUGGGGAAUUUGCGUGUGGAUCCUUCUCAACUUCAACCACCUCAGGAGAUUUUUCCCAUGAGCUCCCAGAUACCAAUUCCUAGUGUGCACAAUGAAAUUAAUACCAGUUCUAUGAAUUUGCAUCUUCAAGUCACCCAAGACACCAGUAAUACAGUUACUAGUAAAGCUUCAACUAUGCGUCUGCCUCACCAGUUAUUUGGGGAUACUACCCCUCAGAAUAACUGGGCACCUACUCUUGCUGAGCAAAUUAAUGAUAAGUAUCAGAAGCAAACGCCAGCGUCUCAUGUCGAGAGUUCACUAUUGCAUGAUCUGAACAGGUCCAAAGAGGAACCCCACAUUGUGAAGGAACCUGUUUCUGUUUCUGACUAUACUGCUAAGUCAUUGGAGCAGGUACCGGGAAGCACCUUCAAACCAGAUGUUGUCAUACCUGCAACUUCUAUGCCUUCUGAGAAUUCAAUACAUUUACAGGGUGAUGCCCCUGCUGUUGAUAUAUCCUCAGCCGUAUCUAGUGGGAUUGAAUUACCACCAGCUAGUCAUCUUGGUUCAGAUAUGAAGUUCAAAUCAAAUAUUGCACAUCAAGAGCAGCUGGCUGUAAUAGACAGCUCCAAUGCUGAGCCAUCUGUGGGAGACGAUGAACGGAAUGUUGAAGCACGUGAACCCAAAAAAGCUGCAGAGAAGAAAUCUAAGAAGCAAAAAUCAAACAAACCUCAAUCUGCUGACCAAGCAAAGGGUUUGCUGAAAAACAAAACUUUGCAGCCAUCAAAGCAGUCGGAAGUUGAAAUACCAAAUUUUAAUGAGUUGGGUGAAACCAACAACAAUGGGCUAAAUGAAACAUAUGUCAGUGCCCCAGCUGCCAGUGUUAGUAGAAACAUGACUGAAACAUUCGUUGCAGGUGAGUCUAAGACAGUUGGUUCUGUUUCCACUCAAAAUACCGAAGCUCCUGCCGGACGAGCCUGGAAACCUGCUCCAAGUGUCAAGCCAAAGUCGUUAUUAGAAAUUCAACAGGAAGAACAGAGAAAGGCAGAGACUGAAAUGCUUGUAUCUGAUGUCGCAGCUUCUGUCAAUUCUAUGAGCCUGGGAACUCCCUGGGCUGGGGUGGUGACUAAUCCAGACUCUGUUAAGGUAUUUAGUGAAAGUCACAGAGAAGACAAUACAGGAUUUUCUGUUAAAUCUCAAUCUUCUCAGAAUCUUAAGAGCAUGAAAAGUCCGCUGCAUGAUCUAUUAGCUGAAGAAGUUUUAAAGAAAUUUAAUGAAACAGAUGCGGAGGUUCCAGAUAGCACGUUGUCUUUGCAUGAUAUUGCUGUGCAUUCAGAACCAGUUGAUGAUGGUACCUUCAUAGAGGCAAAAGAAUCUAAAAGAAGCCGAAAGAAGUCAGGGAAAUCAAAGGGUUCAGGAGUUAAAGCCCCAGUUCCUGCCUUGUCUGCUGAAGUACCUAUAUCUUCAAGCCCGAUUGAAAAAGGUAAAAGUUCCCGAUCUGCUCAGCAGGAGAAAGAAGUAUUGCCUUCAAUCCCUGCAGGACCCUCCCUGGGAGACUUUGUUCUUUGGAAAGGAGAGCGGGAGCAACCCAUCCCAUCUCCUUCUCCAGCAUGGUCUACUGAUUCUGGUAGGGUCCCUAAACCGACUUCCUUACGGGACAUUUUGAAGGAGCAGGAGAGAAAAGCUUCUUCUGCAGUGCCUGCGAUCCCAAUGCCUACACCUCAGAAAUCACAGCCUGCCCAAGCUAAUUGGAGCAGUACUUCUUCAAGGUCAAUUUCAGCUUCCUCUCCAUCUAAAGCCGCCUCUCCAAUUCAGAUAAAUUCACAUGCUUCCCAUCAAUCAAAAUAUAAAGGGGAUGAUGAUUUGUUCUGGGGUCCAAUUGAACAAUCCAAGCAAGAAACUAAGCAGUCAGAUUUUCCUCAGCUGGCUAGCCAGGGAAGCUGGGGUUCGAAAAAUGUACCCCUCAAAGGUAAUUCACCAGGAUUUUUAACCCGGCAGAAAUCAGCAAGUGGCAAGCCAACUGAGCGACCUCUACAAUCACCACCUGCCUCUUCUCCAUCGGCGCUGAAACUGAAAAAAGAUGCCAUGACUAAGCAUUCUGAGGCCAUGGGCUUCAGAGAUUGGUGUGAGAAUGAGUGUGUUAAGCUCAUUGGGACAAAAGAUACAAGUUUCCUUGAAUUUUGCUUGAAGCAAUCCAGAUCAGAAGCUGAGACCCUUCUUAUAGAAAACCUUGGAUCAUAUGACCCUGACCAUCAAUUCAUUGAUAAAUUCCUCAAUUACAAAGAGUUGUUACCAUCGGAUGUGUUGGACAUAGCUUUCCAGAGUAGGCAUGACAAGAAAGUUAACGGACUUGGUGUCGCUGCUGGUGGCAUGGCAUCAGCUAAAGCUGCAGAUAUACAGGAUGUGGACCAAACUGAAGGAUCCUCCAAAGGAGGUGGAAAGAAGAAGGGCAAGAAGGGGAAAAAGGUUAGCCCUUUAGUUUUGGGAUUUAAUGUUGUGAGUAACCGGAUCAUGAUGGGUGAGAUCCAGACUGUAGAAGAUUAAGAUAAGAUUACAAUUAAAUUUUAUGCAUGAGGUUGUUGCGGUAGAUGUACAUACAUUUUGGUCGCACAUUGUAAAUGCUUUUGUUCGAUUUAGGAUAUUUAUUUCCUACACAGACUGUAGCAGCAUUUAGAUCAAACUUAACCAAUUUUGUUCUCUAAAUUUAGUUGCUUUGACAUUUCGUCAUGAUGAGAUAUUGUGAUUUACCGUAAUUGAAUUCAUUGUCAAGUCAAAAAAA